UUCUUCCUCAAAUUACCAAAAAAAGAAAGAGAUUAGGUUCUUCACUUCUUCUAUGUCACCUUUCUAUUUUUUUUUAAUUAUUUAUAAAGCUUUAAUCCUCUAAUCCUAGGGUUGUAGUCUCACUUUGUAGCUGCAAGUCUGCAACCUUUCUAGGGUUUCUAUAUCAUCUCUUUUUUGGGUCUGAUCUGAAAUUGAAAUCUACCCACUCUCAUAGGCUUCUGUGCUCUACAAGACCCUUCAUUUCCCUUCUCCAUUUUCCAAAUUUGUAUACAAAUAAGUCAUUCUCUUUCUAUUUUUGGAAACCCCAACUGGGUUCUUGUUACCAUAUUUAUAUAUAUAUAUAUAUCUGGAAUAAACUAGGUGGAAAUAUGGUUAGGGGGAAAACCCAGAUGAAGAGAAUAGAGAAUGCAACAAGCAGGCAAGUGACUUUUUCAAAGAGAAGAAAUGGACUGCUUAAGAAGGCAUUUGAGCUAUCUGUGCUGUGUGAGGCUGAAGUUGCACUUAUCAUCUUCUCUGCAAGAGGGAGGCUCUUUGAGUUCUCUAGCUCCAGUAUGAACAAGACGAUAGAACGUUAUCAGAAGAGAGUCAAAGACACCGAAAACAGUAACAAACCACAAGGAGGACAAGAAAAUAAGCAGUUUGUGAAGGAAGAUGAAUUUAGCAUGGGAAAGAAGAUUGAGAAUCUCGAAGCUUCUAAACGAAAAUUAUUGGGAGAUGGACUAGAACCAUGCUCAAUCCAGGAACUGCAACAGUUGGAGAACCAGUUGGACCGAAGCUUAACCAGAAUUAGGGCAAGAAAGAAUCAGUUGAUAAGAGAGCAUAUCCAAAAGCUCAAGGAACAGGCAAGAACCCUAGUAGAAGAAAAUUUAAGAUUGCGAAAGGAGUAUGGAAUGCCAGCAGUGGAUGUGUCAAUAAGAGCAAGAGAGAUAGCAGACAGAGAAAGCAUGGAAGUGGAAACUGAGUUAUUCAUUGGACUACCAGAGACUCGAUUUCUCCAUUAACCCCAUAAAAUUAAGCUAAUAAGCUUCCCUGUUGAAUAACAUAUUUUGCUGCAUUGCAUUGCUUUGCUUUCAGACUUUUUAAUUUUCUUUCUUGGUUUGUUUUUGGUCUUGUAAUAUAAAUGUAAAGAUGAGAGAGAAUAAAUCAUGUGAAGGAACAUAUAAUAUAUUAAAUAAACAAGAAUAACCAAAUCAA